AUGUUUGAGUCCGCAGCGACAACCUUCGCCUCAAUUGCUGUUUUAGGUCUUGCUGGCUACUCUUAUCACAAGUAUUAUAAGUACCUUGUCCUUGAGAAAAUGGACAAUGCGUUCAAUCCUGGAGAUCCGGUAUUGGAAGUGGCCGGUGAAGCUCCGUCCAUGGGAACCGAAGGCAAUGAUGCAGGACAUUGGGUCGAGCGUGACGAGCAAGCCAAGAUUGAUCGCAUCAUCAAUGGAACCCUUAAAGGCCGCUAUUUCUUGUUGAUCGGUGAAAAGGGCACUGGAAAGUCCUCCAUGAUUCUAGACGCGAUGCGAAAAAUCGAUGGUGCUGGAGUUGCUAUGUUUGAAGCCCAUGCAGACCUCGAGAUCUUUCGAAUACGGCUAGGUAAAUCUCUGGACUUCGAGUUUCAUGAAGACUACGUAGGUAGCCUUUUUAGCAUUCGAGGGCCACGCGAUACCACGGCAUUACUUGAUAUCGAGCGUGCCCUCAAUAAGCUCGAAAAGGUUGCGCUACGGAGAAGAAAGACAAGCGACAAGCCCUUAGUUGUGGUAAUCAAUAGCACUCAUCUUGUCCGGGAUGAUGAAGAUGGGCGGGAUCUUCUAGAAAUGCUUCAACAGCGUGCUGAACAAUGGGCUGCUAGCAGUCUUGUCACGAUUCUCUUCAAUAGCGAUGACUAUUGGGUUUAUGAGCGUUUCAAACCUUAUGGCUCCCGAAUGGAGGUAAUCCCCGUACCUGAUCUCCCGAAGGCGAAAGCAAUGAAGGCACUUUAUCAAUUUCGCGCGAAAUAUCGCGCAGAAAAUACCCCCAUGCACGUAUUAGAAGAGGUAUAUGACAAAGUGGGUGGAAGGUUAACGUUCUUAGGCAAGGUUGCCAAAGCUCCAGAUAUGAUCGAAGCUUGCGAUGCAAUAUGCAGAGCGGAGAAGACAUGGUUUUUGAAUAAAUGUUGGAUUUUGGGGAAGGAAAUGGAUGACGAUGUUAUGGACGAACAAAAAUACUCCUCUGCUGCGAUGGUCCUAGCAAAGGCUCUCGUUGAAAUGGAGAAGGACAUGGAGCACAUCUAUCAUCCAGAGAACGGGCACAUUUUACCGGAAGUACCGCUUCACAAAGCCAGACAAAUAAUGACCAGAGCAGACUUCAUCCAGAGCUACGACCACGACAACAUCUUUACAAUCGACUCCAGGGCAAUGGUUCGCGCCGACUCUGUGCCCAUGCAACGCGCCUUUCGAGAGAUAUGUUCAGAACCUGGGUUCGACGAGUACCUUGAAGCUACUCUUGACCGAAUCUCUGAUAUUGAGAGCUUGGGCAGAACUCGUGAGGUGACGGUUAAAGACUUUUGGCAUGGUGGUAAAUUCAAAGCCAUUAUGCGAGACACAAAAGGCAGGGAGACUGGCACGUUGGAAGUCGGCGUAGUUCCGCCCCCAGAGGAAGAGGAUGGAAAUAAUGAUUGA